CAUUCAAUGUAUCUUGCGCUUGUUAGUGGAUUUAGCUAUUUGUGUCAAAGCGCGUGGAGCAACAGCACUCUGUCCGUGUCUGUCCUCUAGGUCGUUGCGAUGUAGGCUACGGAGCAUCUUCACAGCAAUGCUUUCUUAUUAACAAGUGGCGCACAUACAUCUUUUUGGAUUUUUGAGUCUUCCAUAUUCACAUUUUGGAAGGAAAUAUACAUUGGACAUCUUUUUCACGUUACUCAAGAUUCCACCAUGACGCACACUCUGGAUGCCAUCAGCUCCAACAGCACAGAAGACUGGAACACCACUUUCUUCAACUCAUCCAGGGACCUCCUGCACCCGCCAUACCCAUACUACCAACAGAACAUCACCUACGUGGACCUCUACCUCCACAAGCCCUCGGUGGUGGUAGUCUUCAUUGUGUCUUACCUGCUCAUUUUCCUGGUGUGCAUGGUGGGGAAUGGUGUUGUGUGUUUCAUUGUGUUGCGGAGCAAGAACAUGAGGACGGUCACCAACCUCUUUAUACUCAACCUGGCCAUCAGUGACCUACUGGUGGGCAUCUUCUGCAUGCCAACUACCCUGGUGGACAACAUCAUAACAGGCUGGCCUUUUGGGAGGUUAGUGUGCAAGCUGAGUGGGAUGGUUCAAGGCAUAUCAGUGUCAGCUUCAGUCUUUACUCUGGUGGCAAUAGCUGUGGAUAGGUUCCGCUGCAUCGUGUACCCCUUCAAGCAGAAGCUGACAAUCUCCACCUCCACACUGAUCAUCAUCAUCAUCUGGGUGCUGGCUAUCUCCAUAAUGUGUCCCUCAGGGGUCAUGCUCCAGGUGACCAAGGAGCAGCGUGUCCUUAUCCUACUGGGGGACGGCUACAACAACACCCGCCCCUUCUACUGGUGCCGUGAGAACUGGCCCAAUCAAGAGAUGAGGAAGAUCUACACCACCGUCCUAUUCGCUAACAUCUAUCUAGCCCCAUUAUCACUCAUUGUCAUCAUGUACGCCCGCAUUGGAUUCACCCUCUUUAAGACGGCCGUACCCUCCUCCGGCGGGUGCAGUGGUAGUGGCAGCAGCGGUGGGACGAAACCCAGCUUGGACAACCACCGUCAGUCGAAGAAGAAGAAGAGGGUGAUCAAGAUGCUGCUGGUGGUGGCGCUUCUCUUCAUCCUGUCAUGGCUCCCGCUGUGGACGCUGAUGAUGCUGAGCGACUACGCCAGCCUGACGGCAAGCCAGCACCGUAUCAUUAACAUCUACGUGUACCCGCUGGCCCACUGGCUGGCCUUCUUCAACUCCUCCGUCAACCCCAUCAUCUACGGCUUCUUCAAUGAGAACUUCCGACGGGGGUUCCAGGCCGCAUUUAAAUUCCAGCUGUGCUCUGCAGUUAUGGAGCGCCAGAAGACCUACUCGCAUCGUAUCCAAGGCAAUGCAGUGUUACCAGCGAACCUGCACCUGCCCACCGGGCCCGGCUCAGGGGGGUCGGAAUUGGCUUUGGUGAACAGGAAGGGGCUGGGUCGGGAGGAAGUUGUCGGGCGGACAUCCGGCGGGCGAUCGUCAGAGAGCGACGUGAAGGAGCAGGAUCUGAUCAUGGAGGAUCUGGAGAAGGUUAUAUAUGACCUAUGAGACACACUUAAUGUCACAAAGAAAUGGUGCAGUCAACCUUCAUUCAGCCGUGCAGUAGCCAGUGGACAUCAAUUUCCUCAUGGCUCUUUAGGGUCAUGACUGACUGGUGACAUUUAAGGAUAACAUCUCACACUUAAGAGGAAAAUCUUAUUGAAUGGCACAUGAUAUGCAUGGAUUCAUCCUUACCGGUGGACAAUAGAGUACCUGUGCCCCUUGCUGGGCUAUGCUCAGUCAAAGAGGGGAGUGGGAGGGUGGAUGGAUGGAUGCAGGGGGACACUUGUGCUCCGCACCUCUGUCAAAGAUGGGAGUGAGAGGAUGGAUGCAGAGGGACACUUGUUGUGCUCCACACCUCUCAGUCAAAGGGAGGGGCACUCAGAGCCGAGGCUAACGCAGUGACGUGCCUAUUCAGAUGCCUUGGGACUGAUUAGAACAUGACAAGAGACCAUGCAGGGAUGAGAGACGCCUCCUGCUGCUGCACACUUAAACAGACAAGAGGACUGGGAAUAAAAGGGAAUAGAAUCAACCAACCAACGUUCAACAAUUAAGCAGUGCACUUAUGAGAUACAGUGAAGGAUAUCAUUUUAUGUUGUUUUGUUUGUAUUUUAAUAGUGAUUGUGAAUAUUACUUUUUAACGAUGAGUGUCUUGCACCAGAAUUUUAUGCUGCUUUUGUGUGUGCCAAAAUAUCGUAAACUCUUCUGCAGAACAGGAAUAGAUGUUCUGACUAAUUUAUCCUUGUUAACAAAGAAAAUAUUACGUUAUGACUGACAGCCUACUUAAUUUGGAGGCAAAGGAAUCUAUAUGUCAUAUAAAUACAGUGGCGGUGGAAUUUUGUAGCUGUAUUCAUGCAUGUUUUACUCUUUUGGAAAACCUUUACGAUGUGGAAAACCUUUAGGAUGUUGGAAAACCUUUAGGAUGUUGGAAAACCUUUACGAUGUGGAAAACCUUUAGGAUGUUGGAAAACCUUUAGGAUGUUGGAAAACCUUUUCGAUGUUGGAAAACCUUUAGGAUGUUGGAAAACCUUUAUGAUGUUGGAAAACCUUUAUGAUGUUGGAAAACCUUUAUGAUGUGGAAAACCUUUAUGAUGUGGAAAACCUUUAUGAUGUUGGAAAACCUUUAUGAUGUGGAAAACCUUUAUGAUGUUGGAAAACCUUUAUGAUGUUGGAAAACCAUUAUGAUGUUGGAAAACCUUUAUGAUGUUGGAAAACCUUUACAAUGUUGGAAAACCUUUAUGAUGUUGCAAAACCUUUAUGAUGUGGAAAACCUUUACGAUGUUGGAAAACCUUUAAGAUGUUGGAAAACCUUUAUGAUGUGGAAAACCUUUACGAUGUUGGAAAACCUUUAAGAUGUUGGAAAACCUUUAAGAUGUUGGAAAACCUUUACGAUGUUGGAAAACCUUUAAGAUGUUGGAAAACCUUUAGGAUGUUGGAAAACCUUUACGAUGUUGGAAAACCUUUAUGAUGUUGGAAAACCUUUAUGAUGUUGGAAAACCUUUAUGAUGUUGGAAAACCUUUAUGAUGUUGGAAAACCUUUACAAUGUUGGAAAACCUUUAUGAUGUUGGAAAACCUUUAUGAUGUGGAAAACCUUUACGAUGUUGGAAAACCUUUAAGAUGUUGGAAAACCUUUAUGAUGUGGAAAACCUUUACGAUGUUGGAAAACCUUUAAGAUGUUGGAAAACCUUUACGAUGUUGGAAAACCUUUAAGAUGUUGGAAAACCUUUAGGAUGUUGGAAAACCUUUACGAUGUUGGAAAACCUUUAUGAUGUUGGAAAACCUUUAUGAUGUGGAAAACCUUUAGGAUGUUGGAAAACCUUUAUGAUGUGGAAAAUCUUUAUGAUGUGGAAAACCUUUAUGAUGUUGGAAAACCUUUAUGAUGUUGGAAAACCUUUAGGAUGUUGGAAAACCUUUACAAUGUUGGAAAACCUUUAUGAUGUUGGAAAACCUUUAUGAUGUUGGAAAACCUUUAGGAUGUUGGAAAAUCUUUAUGAUGUGGAAAACCUUUAGGAUGUUGGAAAACCUUUAUGAUGUGGAAAACCUUUACGAUGUGGAAAACCUUUAUGAUGUUGGAAAACCUUUACGAUGUUGGAAAACCUUUAUGAUGUUGGAAAAUAACUGGUAGCCUAUUAUUUCACUUCCAUCAUGGUUUCUAGUUCCCACACAACACUGUGUCUUAACAGGCAUCACAGUUAUGUCAGUCGACACAAUGACACUGCUGAGAAACAGGGAAUUAUAGAUCUAGACCAGGGCUCUCCAAACUUGUUCCUGGAGAGCUACCCUCCUGUAGGUUCUCGUUCCAACCCCAGAAGUAUAGCCUGAUUCGGCUUAUCAACCAGCUAAUUAUCAGAUUAAGGUGUGCUAAAUGAGGGUUGGAGCAAAAACCUACAGGAACAGGGUUUGUUGUAUAAAAGGGUUUGUUGUAUAAAUAUAUGAUGUACUGUAUCAUAUCUGUCAAAGUCAUCAAAUGUCAUCAAAUGUUAUGAUAGGUUGUCUGUCAUUGUCAUGAAACUGACAGGGCUGUGAUUUGUCAUGAAGUGUUGCUACAAUAGCGGUGUUGUGAUUGUCUGGUUCAAGAAAUGUGUAACAUAAAAAAUACAUACCUCAGCUUAUCGGUUGAAGAUGAGUCCACCCAGCCUCUGAGAUUGUACAAUCAUUUGAACUGUUUACAGCUGCUAAGUAAACAUAAUAAAUCAGUUAAAAAUGAUUUAAUUUUGAAGAUGUCAAAGGCUGUGCGAUGUUCCCACAUGAAAAAACAGUUUAGUAUUCACUGUAGUGGUUUUGCGGACUUUACUGUAGUAUUUACUGUAGUGUUUUUGCAGGCAUUACAGUAGUAUUUACAAUACUGCUUUUGUUAUAUCAUUGACAUAGCAGUGGGGGCUUUGUCUUUGAGGAAACAUACUGGACAAAAUACUCAAAGAGCAGAUUUUCCAUAACAUGUAGGUAGGAUUCAGAGCUUCUGCUCUUUUUUUAUAAACUGUAGGGAACACAUUAUAUGGUCUAUACUUGGCAUGUAGGUUUCGUAUGGGUGGCACACAUUGGGAUAUGGGUUAAUGGGCAGUGUAUAUGCAAAUCAAAUACUUGAAUGUUUACUAUAGUAAUUGCUGUAGUGUUUUUGCAGAUGUUACUGUAGUAUUAAAGUGUUUUGCAGACUAGUGAUUUUGCGAACAUUACUAUAGUAUUUGCUGUGGUGUUUUUGUGGGCUGUAGUAUACUGUAGUAUUUACUAUACAUUUACUCUACAGUAUACUACAACAUUCUAUAGUAAGUACUACACAUGCUCAAGGUAUACUACAGUGUGUAGUAUAGUAUUCUACAGUUGACCACAGAAUUCUAUAGUAAGUACUGUAGUAUUCUAUAGUAAACUGUAAAACAUUUUCAUGUGGGUUGUUAUGUUGUGUUACUGGGCUUCUGCGUAAAUGCUUUGUACUCUGUGUGAGCUGUAUUGUAUUGCUGAUGGAGGAGAACAUUGGGGCUUCAAAAUAAACAUGUUAUAAAUCUAC